UAGCGAACCACUUGAAGAUAAUGAAUGUUACAAAGAAUUUUUCCUAUUGAAAAUAUCCUACUCUAAAUUAUUAGCUUACAUUAAUCUAUUUUUAUCCUUUAAAGCUUUUUCAUGAAAAGCCGUAAUUCCAGUAUUUAAACCAUCAAAAGAAAUUAACUACAAAUACUUGUCGUAUUUUUCACUAUUCUUAUUCCAUUUUUCCCCUAGUUUUUGUUCAAAAGUCUCCCUAUUUAUUCUAUAAGAAAGAUAAGUCACCAUAGCCGCAAAUGUUUGUGGUAAAUAAAUAUUUCUUUCGUCUUCAGUUUUGUUCUCGGCUUCUUUUUACCUAACUCCUCUUAUUAUUUACGAAAAAACACUAUUUGCCUAUGAAGAUUUUGCACAUUCUUUAAAUUCUUUAUAGUUUAAGGCGUUAUCCUUAUUUAUAUCAACAAUUCUAUACGUUUAAUCUAGUUGUUCCUUAUUUACUUCUAUAUUAUAGUUUUGAACAUUUAAACCAUUUCAUUUAUAUCUAAGGCACCGGAAUUAUCCUCGUCGAAAAUUUGGAAAAUUUUAUGCGCUUUAUAAUCUUCGAUAAGUUCUUCAGGAUAUAAUAAAUAUUACCGAGGAGUUUUUUUAAAAAAACGCUUUUUUAACCGAUUUACAGUUGACUUAGUAUGAAGUUAUGUCCGCUUAUUUGUUUUUAGUUUGUUUUCGUAUUCUGGGUUAUCGUCAAAUGGUUAGGUACUGCUCGGUUCAACGUAUUUUUGGUAU